CGAAACACGCUGUUCUCCCUUCAUAGCCUAAGAGCACACCGUGUGAGUGUAGGCGACUUAAUGAGGAGAGACUAAAGAUUUUCUUGUAAACCACUGGAUGUCAUUUCAUCUCCUCUUUGUGUGCUGAAUAAGAAGUAGCCUCAAAUACGUCGUUAGGAGAGAAAGCUUUGAAGCCCCCACAGUUGGGCCCAAGUGAGAACAGCUACAGUAAGUCAUCAAAAGAGAAACCACAGUAGGAGGCUGCUAUGAAGAAAAUGGACAACACAGCCACAGACAGCUGGAUUGUGGACAACAACCCUGACUCCACAGUGAAAAACUCCUGUCACCCAAAUCUGAAGAUGUUCCUUGCAGCCUUGUCCUUUGCUUACUUUGCCAAGGCUUUAUCUGGCAGCUACAUGAAGAGCACAAUUACACAGCUAGAAAGGCGAUUUGAUAUCCCCAGCUAUCUGAUUGGCAUCAUAGACGGCAGCUUUGAAAUAGGGAAUUUGCUGGUAAUUGCGUUUGUGAGUUAUUUUUGUGCCAAGCUCCACCGACCCAAGAUCAUAGCAAUCGGGUGUAUUUUGAUGUCUUUUGGAACCUUCCUGAUCGCCAUGCCUCAUUUCAUCAUUGGCCGCUAUAAGAUCGAAACAUCAAUUAGAUCUUCAGUGAAUUCGACCAAUAACCUCUCUCCAUGUCCGGCAAGCUCACCUGAGUCCCUGAGGGCAGGUGACAGACCCUCUAUACUGCCUUCUAGAGGCUGUGAAAAAGAGUCCAGUGUUUCCAUGUGGAUCUAUGUCCUGCUGGGAAAUAUCCUGCGUGGGAUUGGAGAGACUCCAGUGCAGCCUUUGGGAAUCUCCUAUAUUGAUGACUACGCACAGUCCGAUAAUGCUGCUCUCUAUAUUGGUUGUGUCCAGACAAUAUCAAUAAUUGGUCCUGUCUUUGGGUACCUGCUGGGGUCCUUGUGUGCCAAAAUCUAUGUCGACAUUGGAUAUGUGGACAUGGAAACUAUCACUAUUACUCCUGGCGAUGCCCGCUGGGUGGGCGCAUGGUGGCUGGGCUAUCUCAUUGCUGGUGCCAUCACCCUCAUGUCUGCCGUUCCUUUCUGGUUCCUGCCAAAAUCACUGCCGAUGCCUGUGGAAAAGCAUGACACCAACUGCACACCAGAGCAAACCAGAUUUAUUAAAGAUUCCCCAGGCUUGAAGCACAUGUUCAGACCCGAGGAGCCAGCUAAUUUACAUCUGAUGGCCAGUGAAUUCGUCCCCACAUUGAAGAGUCUCCUUGGAAAUCCUGUGUACACCAUCUACUUAUGUGUGACCAUUGUUCAGUUCAACUCUCUCAUUGGUAUGGUCACCUACAAGCCCAAAUACAUUGAGCAACACUACGGCCAGUCAGCUUCAAAAGCCAAUUUUCUCAUGGGCAUGAUCAACAUACCUGCAGUGGCCCUUGGGAUGUUCUCCGGAGGGGUUGUGAUGAAAAAGUACAAGCUGACUAUCAUGGGAGCAGCUAAAUUUGCCUUUGGGACCUCUCUACUGGGCUACUUUCUGUCACUCCUAUUCUUUGCCAUGGGCUGUGAGAACGCUAAGGUCGCAGGCAUCACAGUUUCAUAUAGUGGACUGGGGGGCUUAUCUUAUCAGGAGCAGUCUCUCAUCUCUGACUGUAAUUCAGAUUGCUCAUGCACAAGCAGAGAGUGGGAUCCAGUGUGUGGAGAGAAUGGGAUCACCUACGUGUCCCCGUGUUUGGCUGGAUGCAACUCCUCCACUGGCUCUGGCAAGAACACGGUGUUCAACAAUUGCAAGUGUCUCGCGGUGGCUAAUACCCAACCAGGCAACUUGACAGCCACCCUGGGUCAGUGUCCACACAGGGACAGCUGUGAGGAAGUCUUUCCGUACUUCCUGGCUAUGUCUGUCCUCAGUUCCUUCAUCAUCUCUCUUGGGGGUACACCCGGCUUCAUGCUGCUUGUCAGGUGCAUUAAACCUGAGCUGAAGUCUCUCGCCCUUGGAAUCCACACCUUAUCCACUCGUACCCUUGCUGGAAUACCUGCCCCUAUAUACUUUGGAGCCAUAAUUGAUACGACCUGCCUCAAAUGGGGAUACAAGAUGUGUGGAGGAAGAGGAGCUUGCAGACUAUAUGACACUUCAGCUUACAGGAUAGUCUACCUGGGUCUGACUUUGGGCUUGAGAACAGUCUCCUUCUUCCUUUGUAUUUUGGGAUUUGCUCUAAUCAAAAGGCAUAUUAGGAAAGAAGAAAAGCAUGUGCUGACCAAUGGGAGUGCAGAGUUGGAAACACUGAGGAAAGAGGAGAACAGCUCUAUACAUUGUGAGCAGUUUAUACUGGCCUUGGACUGCAAUCCCGACAGAGAAACUCGCUUGUGAGCCUCAACGCAUCUUCUUUUCUUCUGACUCAGCCCGACGAGCACCUCACCUCACAUGUACUGAGGAAGACACACUGUGGACAUUUUUCAUAGCACACAGAGUAUAUAUAUUUGUAAAGGAUUUGCGUAGCUGUACGGUAUCUGAAAUUAGUCAUUUUAUAAACAAAGUCUGAUAUUUCUGGAAUGUAUAUGUUUGUGUUUUUCAUGAAUGGAAGACUUUCAUAGAAAAAAAGACUGUAAUUGUGUUGUAUUUUCUGUUCUUCAUUUUUAUGAUUAAACUUGAUAAAAUCAAAU